AUGUCAUAUAGCGAACCCACAGUACUUAUCAUAGGCGCAGGUACUUUCGGCGCGUCUACCGCGUAUCAUUUGAGCAAACAAUACAAGGAUCCAUCUCGGAUAACUAUCGUUGAUCGCUGGAAUACCAAUGCAUCACUUGGUCAAAAGCAGGCGGCAGCCAUCGACACCAACCGCAUCAUCCGUACCGACUACGAAUCGCACCUUUACUGCAAUCUCGCAAAUGAGGCUAUUCAUUUCUGGUUUUGGAGCAUUGCAGUUCAAGGCCACUUUCACAAAACUGGCUGGGUUGUUCUAGACAAGAAAGAUGGUACUUUUGGAGAUGCGAUCAAAAAGACGUUUUGCGAGCGAGGAGGCGAUUGCACGCGGGACUUACCAGCUAAAGACCUGGACAAGUACGCUGUGACCAAAGGGAUCAAGAGUGAACAAUAUGGCAAAGGCUACUUCAAUCCCGAAGCUGGAUGGUGCGAUGCUGAAAGAGCAACCCAAAGCUUUACGAAGGUUGCACUCGAGUCUGGUGUCAAACGAGUAACCGGGGAAGUGCAAGAGUUAUUACUUAGUGCCGACAAAAGCCGCGUCGCUGGUGUCAAGUUGAGAGAUGGCCAGAUUCUCAGAGCCGACAAGAUCGUGUUAGCAGCAGGAGCAUGGACCAGCUCUCUGAUGUCACCAAUUGAAGACGCUUUGAAGAUCCAAGAGCAGGAUCGCAUCGAGCGCCAAGUCACUGCUGUCGGACGUGUCUCUGCGUACUACACACUGAACGAACAAGAUACCCAAGGCAUGAUCGACGAAGAAGUCCCCGUGAUCGUCAUUGGUGGAGAAGUCGACAUCAUCCCACCUUCGCAGCCGAACCGGACGCUGAAGAUCAAUGAUCUCAAGACGGAGAUCGUCAACAGGGUCACAACACCUUCUGGACAUACCAUCACCAUGCCAUCACGGAGGAACCAAAACGAUGUUCCGGAGAAGCUAAAGCACGAAAGUGCACAGAUAAUUCACAACGCCAUGCCAGAGUGGACGCGCAGCAGACAACCAGACCGCUGGCGAAUUUGCUACGAUGCCGUCACACCCACAGAAGACUGGCUCAUGUGCCAGCAUCCUCAUCAACAGCUCGCUAAUCUAUACCUUGCAGUCGGUGGUAGCUUUCAUUCAUACAAGUUCCUUCCCGUCGCUGGCAACUACAUGUGCAAUGUGCUAUCUGGUAAGAGUAAUGGCGAAGAGAAGGAUACCGCUUGGAAGUGGAAGAACGCGGAGGAACUAUCCUGUCGCAAGGGUAAGGAAUUUGGCGAGAGCCCAAGGAAUUGCGAUAAGAAGGAGUUGAGUGAGUACGAGGGGGUAUCAUCGAGGUUAUAG